AUGGCUCUAAUUUUAAAGGGCGCUGUUAAAUUGUAUUAUUACCUGAAUGAAGAAAUUGCCGAAUCCAUGACACAAGACUGGCCUCUCAUGAGAACACCGUGGCCAGGUUUGGCCAUCCUUGCGAUUUAUUUGCUAGCGGUAUUUCGCUGGCUCCCCGAUUAUAUGAAAAAUCGGCCUGCGUACGAUUUACGUAAAACAAUAGCCAUCUACAACGUUAUUCAAAUACUCUACUGUUUUUACGUCGCUUACCAAAGUCUCAAAUUAGGCUGGCUCAAACGCUACAAAAUUGUCUGCGAGCCCGUCGGAGAUGGACCUGAAAGCGUUGAAUAUGCUUGGAAAGUUUGUUAUACAUACUUCCUAAUAAAAAUAAUUGAUCUUCUCGACACGGUAUUUUUUGUGUUAAGGAAAAAACAGAACCAAGUAACUUUCCUCCAUGUAUAUCACCACUUCGGAAUGGUAGCAGUUGCCUGGGGAAUGGUCAAGUGGGUUCCAGGGGGACACAUGACGCUAUUGGUCCCAGUUAAUUCGGUUGUUCACAUCGUCAUGUACACGUACUACUUGCUAACCACAUGGGACGAAUCCUAUAAGAAGUCACUUUGGUGGAAGAAGCAUGUUACACAAAUUCAAAUCGUGCAAUUCACCAUCCUGCUUAUACAUUUCUUUGUUCUUGUCGUCGCAAACGACUGCUCGAUCCCGAGGCAGCCUGCGUACAUACUUAUCCCCCAGAAUCUGUUUAUGGUUAUUUUGUUCGGUGACUUUUAUUACCGAACUUACGUUAAGCCGAAGAAGAAUAUUUCCAAAAAAAAG